UUUACCGGAUGGAGGCCCAUUCAGCGGUCGCUGUCAAAUACAUGGGUCGGUUAGGAUGCCGCAUUCUGAAUCAGAGGACCUAACUGUUACAGCAGAAGAAACCGACGCAGCUAUCAAAAGUCCGAUAUUGAGAAACGUCGCAUUUUCGCACUCACGCUGUCCACCAGAAAUUCAUAAAUCGUGUUUUUGUGUGAGGUUUAUCGCCGAACAUACCAAGAUGUUGGAGGACUCGACAAAGGUCAAAGAGGAUUGGAAGUAUGUCGCGAUGGUGUUAGAUCGUCUUUUCUUGUGGAUAUUUACUUUGGCUGUGCUGGUGGGAACGGCGGGAAUAAUCCUGCAGGCGCCAACGCUUUACGACGAUCGCGUACCUAUCGACAAGAACGGAUCGGACUCGUCGCUCGUUCGUUACCCUCCACAGUAACUCGUUAUGCCUUAACGUAGAUCUAUUUUCAUAUCAUAACCAGAUCAACAAUAAUGAAAUUGUAUAUUAACGUUGAUAUCGUUAAAUCAGAUGUAAGAGUGGGCAUAGAUGACUAAUUUAAACUGAAAGAAUUUGAUUGAGUGAAAGUUUUUUUUACAGGGUAUAAUACAUUGCUCAGGAUAGUUAGAAAUGCUAUGUAAUAUUAAGGUUCUUAACUUAUCAUCAGUAUAGCCAUAUUGUUUUACAAUUGACUAAAGCAACGUCUAGCCACACCUUCAGAUAUAAUUAGCGUCAUAGCGUGUGUAAAUGCAAUACAUAUUUGUAAUACAUUUUCGGUCACUUUCAUCUUAGGCUCAAUGGAAUAUCAUCUAGAAGUAAAUCGAAAAAAGCUAGAUAGAUCUUGUUAUCUGCUUUUUACAAUAUACUUCCAGAUUGUGCCUUAAAAAUGUAGCUUGGUAAUUUUUGUAAUGAUAAAAAAUACUUUAGUGAAAUGAUGCUUGAGAAUGUGUCUGUGGGGUGACGUACAGUACACAUUAAACUACCCGACUAUUAUCAAUGAGCGUCGUUUGUUGUAUGCUUACCUGCAUGCUCCGUAAUUAUUUAAUUUAAUCAAUUAUUUUUUCACCCAUGAUCAUACUUUACACUGCUUUGGCUCUUUGCAAAUGGCGCGUUUAAGAUUGCGGUGUGUAAUUCAUCAGUGUGGUAAUUCAAUUGCCUUAGUAAAUUUUCAAAACCUGUGUCCACAGUUUCGGAACAUUGUCCGAAUUAAAAACGCUUUGAAUGCCAAAUUUAAAAGUGGACAUAAAGUAAAAAAGUUCCCUUUAUUUAAAUAAGAUUUUUUUUGUUUUGUUUUUGUAGUUUUUAUACUAGUAAAAUUAAGUUGAAAGCAAUACGUUUGUCGUUCACUUAUACGUGGUAAAACACUUAGUGAUUUUUAGGAAAUGAAAAUAUAGAGAACGUAUUUAAAUGAUAUUAAAUAGCACAAUUAAAUAAAUGUUUCUAAAUAAAAAAAAACGAAUAGAUAAAAUUAAAUAGAGAAAUGAAUAAAAACGUAGUAUAUAGGCAAUUAAAAUUAAUAUUAGAUAGACAUUUAUAGACUGCCCAACUGGACACAAAGGGAACAUACUGUUUACAGACUUACUGUUUUGUAGGUAAUGUUUAAACUCAAAUUGUAAAUUAAGAUAGUUUAAAAGUUGUUAUACGUUGUUGCUUAUUUUAUAAUCUUGCUUCGUAA